GUAAAACUUCUGUUAACGGUCACCUCUAUGUAACGAUCGUUUAUUUUUUUAGUCCCGUCAAUUAUUAUGGGAAAAAUACAUUAAUAUGUCUAUAUAGCGUGCACUCUAAAUAACGGUCAAAUUAUAAGAUAAAAUAAUAGAAAAUAUGUACAUGUGAAUGGUUCGCCCAAAUUAUUUAUGACAGUUAAUUGUUAUUUUAUCGAACUUUUACAAUAAUGUUAUAGGCAUGCCGGGUCUGUGUAUUUUAUUAUGUUUUAUUAGUUGUCAGUGUUAGUUGAAAACUUUUUAAAGUGCUUGGUUAUGAUGACGUCCAAACAAAAAGACCUAAUUGUAGCAGAAAAAAUGAGGCUUUUAGAAUAUUAUGAGAAGAAAAUAUCAAAUGGAGAUCUGUGUUGAUAGUGUGGAAUCUGCUAUUAAUGCGGUUAAUGGAGGAGCUCAUAGAUUAGAACUAUGCAGUGCACUAAGUGAAGGAGGAUUAACACCGUCAUUGGGACUAUUAAAAACGUUAAAAACCAUGGUUUCAAUUCCUAUUUUUGUUAUGCUUAGACCAAGGUGUGGUUAUGAUUUCCAAUAUUCAGAUUUAGAAAUUAGAGUUAUUCUUGAAGAUUGUACUUUAUUCAAAAAUGCUGGAGCUGACGGAUUCGUAUUUGGUGCUCUUACUUCAACUGGUUAUAUUGAUAUUGAUGCAUGUGUUUCAGUAAUUUUAACAGCUCAACCAUUACCUGUUACAUUCCAUCGUGCAUUUGACGUAGCUACACAAGAUCCAAUCGAAAUGGCACAAAAAAUAGCCGAUUUAGGUUUUAAACGCUUACUAACCAGUGGUAGAAGUCCUGUAGCAGUUGAUGGACAAUGCGUAAUUAAAGCUUUGAUUGAAACCAUGAAAGAUCGUCUAAUUAUAAUGCCUGGAGCUGGUAUUCAAGUUGAAAAUCUUAAAGAUAUCCUCGGUACUACAUUAGCACACGAAUUUCAUGGAUCAGCAAAAGAAGUGAAACAAUAUCCAAAUAAAAAUAAUAUAAAAUUGCAUUCAAUUUAUAAAGAAGCCCCCAUUUAUGUAACAGACUGUGAUACUGUACAAAAAUUACUUAAUAUUUAUAAAAAUCAUUUGAAACUAGAAUAAGAUAUAAAAAAUAAGAUGUACCUAAUUAAAAAACUACGUCACAAAUAACUUUUAACUUUAUAGUAACUGAAUACAAAUAUUUACUUUUAAUGUUAUUACUGUUGUAUUGUUGAAAAAUAAUAAUGAAAUACAAGUUAUCAUGCUCAAUUUAA